GAAUAUUUUCUUUCUUUUUUUUCAAUUCUCCGCGCGUUCAACUCGAUCAUAGUCUAAAACAAGCCAACGUAUUAUAUCUAACUCAAUCCGAUUUUCCUCUCUCUCUAUCUAUCUAUCUAUCUAUUUCUAUCUAUCUCUCUCUUUCUCUCUCGAAUCGACAUUUCUCACUCGAAAGAGUCGCCCAGUUUCCGGCAUUUUUUCUUCACGAAUCGAAUCCUACAAAUCGACGUCGCGAACUGGGUUCGAACGUACCGCAAUAUCGCUAUCACGUGCGUCGGAUCGUACAUUCUAUACGAGACAACACACCAAAUCGAUAAUAUCGCAUUCGUUCUCGAACAUCUAGCAAUCAUGACGUACAGAGUUCGAAAGUAUACGUAAAUAGGAUGUGUAUCAAAAAAUUGUUCUUACAAAGUCAGAGAUGAAAGAUCAAAUUUAUAAGUUUAUAUUAGAAUAACGAAUAUUACCUAUCUAUAAAUACGAUAGAAUGAAUAUUUGUCUCGUACAGGAAGAAAAAUGAAAGAAAACAAAAAUAUAAGACGAAAAUGAAAAGAUAAAAAAUAAGAAAAUUAAACGAUUAUUAUUUUAGUGUGUUUACGGAUGGUGCGUGAUAGUUCGGGAGUAAAGAGUGAGGACCAAAAAUAUUUGAUAAAGUGUGUCAUUGUGAAAAAAAAAAAUAAAGUUAUGUUAGAAUAUGUUUUAGGUUAUUAGUGUGUUGAUAACGUGUAAUGUUUUUGCAAGGAUUUUUUAUAAAAAAAAAAAAAAUCCUUAUCUUUAACGUGUUCGGGAUCGCGAACUCCGUCGUAGAUCCGUACGGCGGAACGGUCACGAAUUGUCGAGCGAUAAAUGAAUGUUGUUACGUCGGUUAGUCGUGAACGUGACGGUGAAGAAGAACAAGAAGAAGAAGAAGAAGAGGAUAAAGAGGAGGAAGAAGAAGAAGAAGAAGAAGAAGAAGAAGAAGAAAAAGUCGAGGCACGUUAGCAUCACUCGAUUUAAAUUCAUAAAUGUGCGAGAGGAGGAGCCCACAAUGGUGGCUCGAGUCCCGCAACAAGUUCUACUGCUACUCGUACUCGUUGCUGGAGCAUCCGCAGAGUCGACGCAGGAUAAAAAGGAUUCCAUUUUUUACGUUAACGUACAAAGGAUUACAAGUAGAUCGUCACGUUCCGUCUUGUCAUCAUCUUCAUCGAUGUCCUCAUCUUCGACAUCGAUCUCAUCCUCCUCCGAAAGGACUCUCCAAAGGAUUUUUCAAACGACACCCUCGAGCAACGUCGAUAAUUCCCAGAUAUUUGGAUUGGUUCAUGGAUCCUCGAGGAUGAUGCCGAAGGAAAAUUCGGAAAAGACACAAACGACUAUCCGUCUCAAGCAACCUGCUUUUACCGAAUCAUCCAAAAAUUUCAACAUUACCAUAAUAUCAGCGGAAGGAACGUCAAACGUUUCAAGAAACGUGUCAAUCAUUUCUACGAUGACUAAUAUAGUCCCAACUACUGAGAGUCCAAGAGUAUUAGCAAAAGUAUCUUUCAGGACAACAAGCACACCGAUGUUAUCAUCGUCGAAGGAUGACACAUUUCGACGUCGAAAAAUGAGAAACGCCGCGGACAAUUGCGAAAAAUUCUUAAUCGGCGAUGAAACUAAAAGAGAAUUCUACAGUCCCAAUUAUCCUAAUCAUUAUCUAAAUCAUACGGAAUGUAUUCGAGUUCUCGAAGCCGACGAAGGUAUGUUGCUAAAGCUGGACUUUCGUGACGAGUUCAAGCUCGAAGACAGUCCCGAGUGCCGUUUCGAUUUUCUCGAGGUGCGUGACGGCAAACACGGAUAUUCGAAUCUCUUGGGAAAGUUUUGCGGCUCGAAUUUCCCGCCUGAGAUCACUUCGAAGACGAGAUACCUCUGGCUACGUUUCAACAGCGACGAGAAUAUCGAGGGCAAGGGAUUCAAGGCCGUCUGGAGCAUGAUACCUAGACCAACUUAUCCCGGAGUGCCACCAGAGAUAGAACCAUGCAUAGUUAAUGUAACUGGUGAUGAAGCCAUAAUCAGCCAUAGCGAUGUCGAGGAUAAAAAAAAAGUAGCUGAGAAGGAGGGCAUACCUUUGGACUGUAUGUGGGUGAUAAGAGUGAAAGAAGGAUUGAAGAUACAACUAGCAUUCCCGGACUCGAAUCAUUUCAAGUUACAGAGGCCAAAUGAAUGCGAUGCCAAUUUUCUCGACGUUUUCGAAGAAAAAACAGAUCUGCGUUCACGUUUGAAGAACUUUUGCGGUAGCAUAGCCGAUACGGUCAUAGUUAAAUCAAAUUUAGCUUAUGUCCGUUAUUACGCUGAACCUAAAGCAUUGAACAGCACAUUCGAAGGUGUCAUGACUGCAAUCAGGGACAAGGAUGCUGGUGAAACAUCAUGCAGAAGCGGAGAAUACGACUGCGAGGACGCGACCUGCAUCGCCUCGAUAUUACAGUGCAACGGAAGAGUCAACUGCCGCUUCCGGUGGGACGAAGACGAUUCUACAUGCGACAAACAAAAAUCAAGUAUCAUCGACUCUCAACACAUCGUCAUAAUACUUAUUGUUUUUUCUCUCAUCAUUUUUGGCAUGAGCUUCGCGUUCUUCUUCAAUUGCGUGCGGAAACUAAUUCGUGAUCAUCGUAUCAUUCAGGAACACAUAAGACAAUCUAGAGAGAAUCGAUUGGAUGAACUAGGUCGUAAAUCUACUCCAAGGCCACUCUCAACUUCGAGAACAGACAUAAGAGACCGAGGUAGCGAAUCACCAAGCUUAGAAGUGGUGCCGAGUAAAGAAUUAUUACCACCGAGCACAGUGAUACCAGAAGAAUACACGGUAGCUUAUAACAAUAAAAUCACUUACAAUGGUCGAGACAUGAACGACAUACAUCAAAGUAAUAAUGUAAGCAACGCGACUCAAGAACGUUUGCAGGAGUCAAACGACGAGCCAGAAAUGCGAGAUAAUUCGUGUCAAACUAGGGAAAGUUUGUUCGAGCCACGAUUAUCAGACACCAUAGUAACUCCAGCGUUCACGACUUUCGGAUUUCGGGGCUCGCAAAAUGGGACCAAUUAUCAUCGUCAUCACCAUCACCAUCAUCAUCAUCACCCGCAAAGUCCGCAAAAGUCACAUCCAAGUCCAUCGCUUUCGCAUCAGAGUUCUCAACAAUCUUCUCAACCGAGUUCGCAUCACCAGAGCAGUUCUCAAUGUUCGGGGUGUAGUCCAGCAUCGAGAGGGCGAGAUGGUAGUAUGGGUGUCUGUCCAAAGCACAAUCCAAUUCCAGCACCACCAGGAUGGUCGACGCACGAGUUGAGUUAUCCUCCUCAACAUCAAUCCGGGCAAUAUCAAGAAGUCGCAGACUAUCCUUCCUAUCAGAGAUUUCAAAGUCCAAAACCUAGCGGAGAAUGUGGUACCUAUCAUCAGUCUCCUAAAUUCGUCAGACAAAAUACUGUUGGUUCUGGUGAAAGGUACGGUAGUUCAGUUUAUGGUUCUGGUCAAAGUUCCGCACAAAUUUCUGGCCAUGGAUCGAGCAAUGUAACAUCGAGUACACAACACACGACGUCUUCUAAAUCCCAACAGCAACAACAACAACAACAACAGCAACAGCAGCAGCAGAAGCAGCAAGUCCCAAAUGACCCGAGAUAUAAAGCCGAAGCUAUCAUAGAGAUCGAUCAAAGGAGACCAUUCAGCAUAGAGAGCACAAAAUCUGCCCCGGACGUUAUAGCGACGCACUGACGCCGGGGCUGUGGGGAUUGGGAGCCCUAUAGGAGACGCCAUCCCCGUAAAAGCAUAGAAGACACUAAAGAAAUUGAAGAAGAAACAAAUAGCGAACGAGUUAAAGUAACUGUUGGUACUCAAAGUUCAUUGGACGAUGACACAUCGACCAAUUCGACGAUAGAACAAACUUCGUCCUCUUGAUCCGCGCAUCAAACUGUCGUAGUCGAUCCACCGGAGUCUUUCAUCGACGAAAAAGACAUCUCUAAUACACCGUCUAUAACUAUUUUACCUAAGACACAAAAAAUAAAUCUAUUCAAUGAACUCGCUCUAGCAAGAUUGUCUCCGAGAUUGGACGAUUUACCGAUCCUAAAACCACCCGGUGACUUCGGAGCGCCUGUCUUCAAGUGCAAAACACCUUCCCUAUCCUGGCAGCACUGUGGCUGUCCUUCUCAUUCUCAUUUACCAUCUCGAAGAUCGACGAUCACCUGGAGUGCCUUGAAACGUUGCGGACAGGACGCCUUUUAUCGCACUUGGCCUAAUCGAUCCGCUAAAAGGCUGCCAAGACCCCAGAAGAGGACCGUCGGUACUCAGAGUUCCUUCGACGGUGUUAGAUCAUCGCUUGGUACUUUUCGUUGCGUGUCCAGGUCGAUCGAUAUGACCACGACUACGAUGGAUCAGGAGAUUGGGGUAUCUAUACCUUUCUAACGAUGGAUUUAUAUGUUAUACUUUUCCGCCGAUCGUUUUUUCCAUGUUUUCUCAAACUUUUCUUUUCUUUAUUUUCUUCAUAUUUUUGCUUCUAUUAUUUUUUAAUUAAUCCUUAUCCUUGUUCUCAUAUCGAGUCUAAACGAAAAUGAAAUCACAAAUAUUCCACGUUGAGAUUCUCAGGAAGAGCGGACAAAUGAGAGAGAGAGAGAGAGAGAUAUCCAAAGAAAUGAUUUUCAAAGCAUUUUUAACGAUCGUCCAAAGGCUGUACGUAAAAAAGAAAAACAAGAAUAUCGCUCUUUCAUUCCUGUUACUGAUGUGAGAGAACAUCCUCGAAGAAAAGAAAUAAUAUCAUAUGAUCUGAAAGAUCAUGUCCGAGAUUCUAAUCGGCAGAAAUUUUCUAUCUCGUUGUUAAAUAAAGUAGAAAAAUUAAAAGCAUAUAAUUGAUAAGAAAAAUCACUGCCUUCGAUUCCUAAAAAAGAAUAAGAAGAAGAAGAAGAGUUAUACGAGAUCUAAUUUGCGAACAUUCAUGAGAGAGAAUGAAAAUACAAUAAUAAAAGAGAACGGCCUAAUUCGUAAUGGAAUUCUUUCGUGAAGUAACAUAUCGAGAGAAAGAGAGAAUGAAUUCGUUUCUCGACAAAAAUCGUCGAGCACCGUAAUUGCCUAAAUUUCGAAGGGUAAAAUAAUAAAAAAGAAACAAACAAACAAACCAAAAAAUAAUAA